ACGUAAGAGGCUAAUUCAGCAAAUUGUCAAUUUUUGUCGUUAUUUUGUUAUAUAUUUUACAAAAGAAAAGCUUUUCUACUAAAAUAAGGUUGUAAAUUAAGGAAGUUCAAGUAUUACUAAUUUUAUAUUGUAAAUAGAAGUUACUAAAUUCGUGUAUUUAUUUAUUACUCAACAAACACUGAUUGGUCCUUUCUGUGCGCUACGAGAAACGAUUGUAAACAUUUCUAUUUUUUAAGCCAUUUUGACAGUUCUUUUCUGUCUUGAGUCGUCUAUCAAUCAUGGAUUUUGAAUUAAGUAAAGAAAAUAUUUUACCCCUUGCUGGUGGAAGAAAUGCUCAACAAUUAACCAUGGCUUUGCAAGCCCAAUCAAAUAAAGAUGUACAGUUAGAGCUGUUACACCAGGGACAACAAUGGGAGAUGCGUAUCGAAUCGUACGUUGGAAACGACCCUUUAGAUAAUUAUUAUAAAUAUAUUUCUUGGAUCGAGCAGACUUUCCCUAAAAGCGGUCACGAGGGAAGUUUAUAUCCUCUUCUCGAGCGGUGCUUAGAAAUGUUUCAGGACGAUGUAAGGUAUAAGAACGACCCCAGAUUUUGUAAAUUGUGGAUCAAAUAUAACGAUACGAAACCAGACCCUUUAGAAUUCUAUCGUAUUAUGAAAAGCAAAGGCCUUUGCAUCGGUUGUGCCGAAUUCUAUAAAGCUUGGGCUUAUUAUUACGAAGCCGUUGGCGAUUUUCAAUCUGCAAGCAAGGUUUUCGAAGAAGGCAAACGGAACUGUGCACAACCGUACGAAGAAUUGGAAAAUGCCUAUCAACAUUUAAUAGUAGCAGCGGGAAAACAUGUGAUAUUUGGGCCUAAUGAAAGCCAUUUAUUAGCGAAACGCCAAGCUCUUACUGCACUUCACACCUUCAAGUCUGGAAAAGUCUCUAGCGUAAGGGUUCCAAGUAAUAACGUGGAAGCCGUUACAGUACCUUCUAGUAGCACCCCUCACUCUAGAAAUAACGCUUUAGUUUAUGUACAUGAGGACAAACCGGAUGAUGCACUGGGGGCAGCAGGAGCAGCAGCCGCAGUUUCUCCCGGGAUCAAUAUAAUUGGUAUAGCAAAGAAAUCGGAAAUGAUAAAGGAAAACCUGUUAAAACCAGGCCCUUGGACGGGAACUGUACCAAAGAAGAAACGUGUUAUUGAUCCCGUUGUUGCAAGGCCUGUUGCACAUUUUCUAGUACACGAAGACGAACCUCAGGGAAGCGCUGCAAACCUGCCCAAAACAGUAUGUGAAUCUCAAGACGAUGUGACUCAAUACAAAGUUUUGUUGUCACUCCCUGAAUUACACAAUCCAUCUGAUAUACCAAUGUACCCUAAGCAUUUAGUAUAUAGAGACAACACCGAGUAUAGUAUAGAAGAAAUUAGAGCAAGAAGAUAUGCAAAAACACGUAGCCAAGAUCUUAUCAUGGUAGACGAUGAUGAUGUGGAAUUUGUUCAAGAUAACUCCCAACAGCAUUCACAUGAUCUUCACAAACUGACGAAUCGGGAGCAUUUCAUGCAGCAACAUCGCCAGCCGCAGAACGUUUCGAGCGAGCAAAACUUCUUGUUGCAGCAGCAACAGCAACAACACCAUUUGCAACAACAACAACAACACCAAUUGCAACAACAACAACACCACCAAUUGCAACAACAACAACAACAGUUUUUGCCGCAACCACAGCAACCGGCCGGCGGUUCCCAAGCGCUUAUGACUCCGUUGCAAAGCGACAGGUCCCCGGGGCAAGUGAAAAGGCCGUCGACGCAAUAUCAGCAGAACGUUUCCAUGCACUCGCAACCGGGAAGCUAUCGAGUUCUACCCGAAGUUGAUAUCAGUAUGAAUUUAUGGGGCGACGAAGGCGACGCCGAAAUGUAUCGCGGUCUCGGUGCUUCUUUUCAGAUUUUCGAGCAGAAUUUUAGCCAACAACAGAAUCAGCCGAAGGGUAGCGCCAUGAAGACCUCUUUGCAGGUUUUGAAUGCCGACGAGUUGGGAGAAACUGGUUCUAGGGGAGGCAUGGACGUCGCCGUGACGGCCCAAGCGAACGAUUCCGCUAAGAAUGUAUCCCCGUUUAGCGAUAGCAGUUCGUCGAGAGAAAGCUUCGCCGACGUUAUGGACGAUUCCGUGAACACUAAGGUUUUCUUGCGAUUGGACGCCAUGAAAGUCAGUACGCCCGUAAUGAACAAAACCGCUUCUACAGCGGAUUACCAGAACAGCCGCGCGGGAACGACCAAAAAGCAGCUGUUCUUCAAACCAUCGUUGCCCAGUAAACAGCUUAGUGAUAUUCCGGAAGAGAAAACUCUGAGUUCGACUGGUUCGACUGCUUCGUCUGGUUCUACUGCUAACCACCUCCACAGUCCUAUAUCGUUAGAGCACAGCAACAAUCUGACACAAAAUCUGCAGGCUAACGCCAAGUUGAGGUCGAUUUUGAACGAUAUAGGAGCGGUCCAACCGGCCGUUAAUUCCGUGAACAUCUGCUUCAAUUCCUCUAUUUUGGAAACUUCAAAAAGGGAAAUACCGGCACCAGCCAGAGUUAAGCCUCUGGAAUACGUGCCUUCAGAUCCCUUUAAAAGUAGCUUGAUCAAUCACCUUUUGGUGAAAGUUGCGUUUCCGGGGCCCCAUACAUGCGGUUACUUAGAAAUACCGUUCAUACCUAGGUUAUGCAUUAAGAAGGAACCUACGAUUAUAGGCCCAGGAGACCAGUACAUAAUAGAUAAGCAAUUAGGAAAAGGAACGUUUGGAACUGUAUACAGGGCGAUAGAUUUAGGAAGUUCAACGACAGUAGCGAUAAAGCACCAGAAGCCGGCCAACAAAUGGGAAUUUUACAUAUGCAGAGAAUUGCAAUCGCGAUUGGCAAAGCAUAGUUUAAGAGACAGAUUUAUGGAAGUGCAAGUUGCUUACUUUUGCGAUCAAGCGUCAUUGUUAAUCUCUAAAUACAUGCCUGGUGGAUCGCUGCUGGAUUUGGCCAACAUGUACAAGCAAAACCACGGAAAAAUGAAAGAAUGCCUGGUGGUUUAUUUCUGCAUUCAGAUGCUCCAAAUUGUCCAGGCCAUGCACCAAGCGCAAGUAAUUCACGCCGACAUUAAGCCGGACAAUUUUUUGGUUUUCAUUACGCCGGAAAAUACCGUGGGCUUGCAACUUAUCGAUUUCGGUUGCAGCAUUGACAUGUCGCUAUUUCCACCUAACGCCUCAUUUAUGAGAAGAGUAACGACCGAAAACUUCGUUUGCUGCGAAAUGUUAGAAAACCGGCCUUGGAACUACCACACUGAUUUGUUCUGCAUAGCAGCUACUGCUCACGUAUUGCUUUUCGAUAAUUACAUCAAAUUGAAGAACGAAGAUGGAAUUUGGUCGAUAAGUCAAAGAUUUCCUAGGUAUCUAAAAGUAGAUUUGUGGAACAUGUUCUUCAGUAGUUUACUUAAUCAACAGACUGGUCCAGCAGAUGCAGCGACUCUUAUUACGUUAUUAGACGAGUCCUUGGAGUCAUUAAAUAGAGAAACAAAUACGGCGUUGCCUCUUCAGAUGAGACAUGUCGUAAAUUUACUUAACGGUAGAUAGUCGAUGCUUCUUAUAGUCCUUGUUUUUCAGAUAUGUAAUGUUUAUUGUAGUUUAGGCUUAUCUUUAAAAUAUUAUUUUUACAAGGCUGUUUUGAAAUUAGGUUUGUAAAAGAUAGUUUGUUUCUAUUAUAGAGUAUGAUUUUCAAUAAUUCAAAUAUAUGUUCGAUGUUCGACGAAUCACUCAUCAUUCGUUUUAAUUGAAUUAGGGCCAUUUCAUGGAAAGGGGGUUUU